CUUCCAUGUUGCAGAUCCUACAAUGUGUUGAUUCUUUGCUUGCCGUCGCAAUUGACGCUCAUUGCGGGACCCAGAGACAAGAUUCCGCCGUACUUUCACAUCCUGCAAGAUACGAGAUCACGGACUCGACUCGUGCCCUCCACCACAGGCUCGGGCCUAAUGAUCUUCUGAAAGCCAGACUUUAAGAUCCAUCGCUCGUUGACGAUCGUUGUAUGUGGAUUUCGGACAUGAUCACGGGCACAGCUUCUCCGACUAUGCAAUCGUUCUAGAUCUUCACAAGCAAUUUCACCACCCUCGUUCUUUGUUUCCUCACUCAUCACGAUGCGGGAACGAGUCCGGCGGCUCCUCGCCUGCCUCUGCCUUGCGGCUUGCUGUCCAUGUUGUUUCCCCUGCUAUAUUUGCGCCAUUCGGUCGCGAAAGCGAAGGCGGCAACAGGAAGAAUAUGAAGCAAUCAUGGAGUAUCAGCGGGUUGGCCCACGAAGUCCAGACACGGUGCGACCUUUACGCAGAAGUCACAGGCGGCGAAUCAGUAUUCCACACUGCGCGCGAAGAACAAACAACGAGGUCGAUAAGAGCCUAGACGUAGAGAACGAAAAAGCAAUUGAAAGGACCGGAGAAAAAGAUGCUAUAUGUGGGCCAGGACAUGCAAGUCUGAAUACGAUCGACAAGCACGUUCUGCAACAAGCAAAAGCGAGUUCGGACGAUCAAAUCACGCACAGUCAAUCACAGUCCUUAUUGUACCGGAAGCUACCACCAGAGAUUAGAAGUCUGAUAUGGCGUCACUGUGUUGGUAAUUUCAACAUUUAUCUUGGUAUCAUCAGCGACGAAAAGCGAAUCCGACACUGCAAGAUCUUCGAGGGCAAAGGAUUGAUGCGUCUAAGCAUGGACCAAGCCGAGCAGGAUAAGCUUAUGAAAGAGCACUACUUCAUAUCACUGCUCCAAUCAUGCCGCCGAGUCUACACCGAAGCGAUCCCUCACCUCUAUACGAACAAUUCCUUUUUGCUCUCUUCACCUAAGACUCUGCUCGCUCUUUCCUCCACAACGCUGUUACAUCGCUUCAACUUGAUUGCAACGCUUUUGAUGAAAUAUACCCCACAGCUCCAACAUGGUCUCUCCUUUGGGCUCUCGCAACAUGACGUACGUAUGUGGGAACGAACAGCUGACCUUCUCGCCUCUAUGAAAGGGCUGAAGAAUCUAGACAUCAUUCUCUGGGAUAGAAGUCUCUACGGCACACCCGGCGAUUGGGAUAAUUUAGAGGGCCUGCUAAAAUUGCUACGCAAGAUCAAGCAGCCGAAACACUUCACCGUGACUAUCGACCAGAGUAAUGAAGUUGAAGGCUUACGCGAGAAUCUCGGAGACAUUCCAUUCGUCUUGAGAUACGGGAGGCGCGAUGAUGACGAAAGGUUCUUCUGGUGAACGUAUUUUUCCGUAAACGAUGUAUAAAGUGGAUUGACAGGCAUUUACGGCAUCGAUGUAUCACUUACUCACAAAUGAAAUGAGGGUUAUGAGAUGGUGUAAAAGGCACGGAAGAGUAGAAAUAUGAUUUACAAAUUUUCCAA